UAUAGGACUGGCCAGCAUACCUCCGCGGAGUCGAGUUUCCGGCCACUCAUCCUCUGGGAAUCCUCGAUUGAUUCCAAUGGCCAGAAAUUGAGAUAUCGGUCAUGUUCUCUCAGUUCGGAGCGACGGCGGACUCCCUGAGUAAAGCCUCAACACUGGCGUUCCGGAUCGGCACGGAUGCUCACCUCUACGACGAUCCCGACGACGUCAAUAUUGCCACGCUCCUCGACAGCAAGUUCGACUCCGAGAAGUGCGAAGCUCUCAAGCGUUUGCUUGCGCUCAUCGCCCAAGGUUUCGAGGUCUCCAAUUUCUUCCCCCAGGUGGUGAAAAAUGUGGCAUCGAAAUCACUGGAAGUCAAGAAGCUGGCUUACUUGUAUCUACUGCAUUAUGCUGAGAAGCGUCCAAAUGAGGCAUUGCUAUCAAUAAAUUGUUUCCAGAAGGAUUUGGGGGAUCCAAACCCGUUGGUCAGGGCUUGGGCACUUCGUACCAUGGCAGGGAUCCGUCUACAUGUGAUUGCAUCAAUUGUUUUGGUGGCAAUAAGGAAGUGUGCCAGAGAUCCAUCUGUAUAUGUUAGAAAAUGUGCUGCAAAUGCCCUCCCAAAGUUGCAUGAUUUGCGGUUAGAAGGAAAUAACGACGCAAUUGAAGAGAUUGUGGGUAUACUGCUGAAUGAUAAUUCUCCUGCAGUAGUUGGAGCAGCUGCAGCCGCUCUCGCUUCUGUUUGUCCAAACAAUCUUUUCCUGAUUGGGAGAAACUUCAGAAAAUUAUGUGAAACACUUCCCGAUGUGGAAGAGUGGGGCCAAAUUGUUUUGAUAGGAAUCAUUUUACGAUAUGUGAUUGCUCGCCAUGGGCUCGUUAAAGAAUCCAUGAUGAUGUCUUUUUGUUCUUCUAUGGACUAUAAUUCUGAAAAUGAUAGACCAGAUUCCUCUUUUACAAUGAAAGAGAGCACUGAUGGUUCUGUAAACAGCAUGGUUUGUGAGUCUGAGAUGGCAAAUGUAGUUAUGAGGAGUUAUUUUGAAGGCCCAGACAAAUAUUUAUCUAGAUCAUGUUUAGAGAAGGCUUCCUCUGAUUGGGAUCCAACCUGUUUCACAUCUGCCAUAGAUAAUGAGGAUGUAAAGAUCCUGAUGCAAUGUACUUCACCUCUGUUGUGGAGUAGAAAUAGCGCUGUAGUACUUGCUGCAGCUGGGGUACACUGGAUCAUGGCACCAAAAGGGGAGCUUAGAAGAAUUGUAAAACCUUUGUUGUUUCUCCUGAGAUCAUCUAAUGCCUCUAGAUAUGUGGUACUCCGGAACAUUCAAGUGUUUGCUAAAGUUUUGCCAUCUCUCUUUGCAUCACAUUUUGAAGAUUUCUUUAUAAGUUCUACCGAUUCCUAUCAAAUAAAGUCUCUGAAACUUGAGAUACUAUCUCUGAUUGCUACAGAAUCAUCAAUUUCCUCAAUAUUUCAAGAGUUCCAGGAUUAUGUUAGCGAUCCAGACAGAAGAUUUGCUGCAGACUCUGUUGCUGCAGUUGGUCUAUGCGCCCAACGACUUCCAAAUAUGGCCAACACAUGUUUGGAGGGGCUAUUGACAUUGAUUUCAUCAGAAAUAUCAAAUCUUAACAUAGAAUCUAUGGAAGGAGAAGAACUCAUUUUGAUUGAAGCUAUAAUUUCUGUCAAGACUAUCAUAAAACACAAUCCGUCUUCUCACGAGAAGGUAUUUUCUUUUGAAAUCUAUGCUGCUGCACGUUAUGGAUUUCACCUUCAUUAUGGACUUAAAUUAAUGAGCAUUUCAGAAGCCAAAUUAUUAUGUCUUGGGUGAUGAAUGAUUAUACUUUUGGCACACCUCCAUGAAUAAUUUAUUCUGACACCUAUGAGGAGCAAAAAAAGACAUUUUCUGGGGGUUUAUCUUGCUCUUUGGCACUAUGGAAAUGUCAGUUCUUAAAGUGAAAAUGGGCAAACUUAUGAAUGACUCUAAACUAAAACACUAUUAGUGAUUGAGGAGACAUUUAUUGUUAUAAUUAUUAUGAAUGAAGAUAUUAUUAAAAAAGAUUCUGUUAAUGGUUUGGGAAUUAACACAUUUAAUACCUAAAUCUUCUUAAAUAUUCUGUCAAGCUCAAUAGAUGAAGGUUUUGAAUGCAUGCACACAAAAAGUGGAAGACGAUAUUAAAAAAGUUGGAAGGUCAGAAUGCACAUUAGCACAUAUAUGAGAAUAUUUGCAUAUCCUCCGUGUUAACUUACUUGUACAUUUUGUAAAAGGUAAUUGCUCACUUGGUUAGAAUUUUGGAUUCCAUUCGGGUGCCAAAAGCACGGGCAUUGAUCAUAUGGAUGUUUGGAGAGUAUAACAAUAUCGGGAAUAUCAUCCCAAAGAUUAUACCCACAGUUCUCAAGUAUCUUGCUUGGUGCUUUACUUCAGAAGCUCAUCAAACAAAGAUGCAGAUUCUUAAUGCUUGUGUCAAGGUAGGUCAGCGUGGAUUGCUUUUGUUU